AUGGCAGAGAAAUGGGACAGUAUCUGGAAUCACUUUGUAAAACCUGUUGAGGCCCUCAAGAACUGGGACAUGUUUUUGGCAAAUGGCACACACAGUGUGACUGAAUUCAUCCUCCUUGGAUUCCCAGUCACACAAGGGCAGAAUGUGGCCUUGUUCCUCCUCAUUCUCAUCCUGUACAUUUUAUCCCUUGGGGGGAAUGUCCUCAUCAUUGUCGUGGUGAGGACUGACCACAAGCUGCAGACCCCAAUGUACUUCUUCCUCAGCAACCUGUCCUUCCUGGAGAUCUGGUACACCACUGCUGUUGUCCCCAAAAUGCUCGCCAACCUCUUGUCAACCAGGACGACCAUUUGCUUCUACUGCUGCCUGGCCCAGUUGUAUUUCCAUUUCCUUUUUGGCCUCACUGAAAUUUUCAUCCUCACAGUGAUGUCCUUUGACAGAUACUUGGCUAUUUGCCAGCCCUUGAGAUACAUGACUAUAAUGAACACACACGUCUGCCUGCACCUUGCCCUGGGCACUUGGGCUGGAGGGUUCCUAUCCAUCUUCACCCAUAUCAUCCUGCUCCUGCAGCUUCCUUUCUGUGCUUCUAAUGUGAUCAACCAUUACUAUUGUGACAUUGGGCCAGUGCUAAAGGUGGCCUGUGGGGACACCCAGCUUAUUGAGUUCCUUGGCUUCAUUAUUGCUGUAGUGGUGAUAUUCAGCUCCUUUGUAUUCACAGUGGUUUCCUACAUCCUUAUCAUUGCCACCAUCCUGAGGAUUCCUUCCAGCAAGGGGAGGCAAAAGGCAUUUUCCACGUGUGCCUCCCAUCUCAUUGUGGUCAGUAUCCUAUAUGGGGCCCUUUUCUUCAUGUAUAUGAGGCCUGCUCCCACCCAGUCCUCCUUUGGCCUCAACAAAGCAGUGUCUCUACUGAACACUGUCCUCACUCCCACAUUAAACCCCUUCAUAUACACCAUCCGGAACAACGAGUUCAAAGAAGCUUUGAGAAAGGCACUGAGUGGGAAGGGGCUGAGGUUUCCCAAUAUCAGUGGGAUUGUUUGUGGUAGAAAGCAAUGCAGCUUAAUGCAGACGUGAGUGUGAGCGCAUCCCUGAUCUGGGUUUAGACGUGAUCCCAUUCAGUUCUAGUACCCGGUGGAAAUGAUGUAGAGCUCCUAUUUCACUACUAAAAAUGUCUCAUUUUCAUCUGGCUUGUACCACUUUUUUACUUGCUCUCCCCAGUCUGUCCUCAUCUACCUCUUGAAGUAUUUCUGCACGCAAGGCCUUGUUACAUGGUAAUUUUGGGCAGGUCC